AUGGAAGCCUUUGCUGCCGUGACCCAAGCCGUGCGCACGGCCACUCGCCAAACAUUCUAUGGCGACAAUUUGUGGGUCGAGCCCGACAUGGAGGAGAUCUUGUCGGGUGGCACUCCCGCGGAUGCUGCCGACCACUCGCCCCUAGCAACAAGUCUGGGCGACUUUGAAGUGCUCGGCUCAGAGCUGGACGCUGAAGAGGAAGAGGUGGACAUUCCCCGCGGGGAGAGGAAGGCACCCCUUUCGCCCCAAGAGUGGCGCUCCUUCUUCGACGAGACCGGCAGGAUCACCAACGAACGCAAACUCAGGAAGAAGAUCUUCUACGGGGGUGUCGAUCCGUCGAUCCGUCGAGAGGUGUGGAAGUACUUGCUCCGGUACUAUCCCUUCGAUUCCACCCAGGAGGACCGGCUUAUCAUCAGGCAGAGCAAAGCGGUCGAGUACCGGAUGUACAAAACGCAGUGGGAAUCGAUCACGCCAGAGCAGGAAAGCCAUCACUCCAUCUUCAGAGAGCGCAAGCACGCCAUCGACAAGGACGUGGUGCGGACGGACAGAACGACGGCGUUCUUUCAAGAUCUGGCGGGGCCGAACCUCAGACAGCUCAACGACAUUCUUGUCACAUACACCUUCUUCAACUUCGAUCUCGGCUACGUGCAGGGGAUGAACGACCUUCUGUCGCCCACCAUGAUGAUCAUGGAAGACGAAGUGGACUCGUUCUGGUGCUUCAAGGGCAUAAUGGACAACAUGGCGGACAACUUCGAACGCGAACAACUGGGAAUGCGAGUGCAGUUGGCGCAGCUUCGCGAGAUCCUCUCCGUGCUCGACCGCCAGCUUUACGAUCACAUGGCCAAGCACGACAGCCUUAACAUGUUUUUCUGCUUCCGUUGGCUCCUUAUCCUCUUCAAGCGCGAGUUCGACCUGUCCGAAACGCAGACCAUCUGGGAGGCGCUGUGGUCGCGGCACAUGUCCGACUAUUUCCACCUCUUCAUUGCGGCGGCUAUCUUACUGGCCGAGAAGAAGAAGAUCAUCGUACACGACAUGGGCUUUGACGAAACGCUUCGGCACGUGAACUCGUUGGCGGGAAACCUGAAUGCGAACGAAGCGCUGAUUGAAGCAGAGCGGCUGUACAAGAAGUAUCUUGUGCGGACUGGGUGCGCAAGCGACGAGGAACUAAAGGCGAGAAUGAUGGUGGUCGAUGCCGAGAUCCGACCGCCGAAGAGACCUCUGCCCCCCAACAUCUUUGAUGCCGUCCGCGCCGGCUAA